AAAUUGCAGUCUAAAACGCCACAGCGAUGCAUCAACGCUAUCAGUGUUGAUCAUUGAACAAAAACAGUGUUAUUUUUGUUUUCUAUAAUUUUCAGCAUAGUUUUUCGUUUUUAAAUUUUAUCACGUGAAUAUGAGCUUUUGAAAAUACAUCAUUAUUUCCUGGAAACUGGCAGGAUUAUGGCUGCCCAAAACCUGGGAUCCCCCGCGGGGAAUUCCCACCACGUCAAUGCAGAUAUUAGUGGAAAUUUCAAGUACAUCUACGACAUUCCCCAACUGGUGAAAAAACGCCUGGCCGAUUUACUCGAUCAGGAUGCCAAGUGGGUCGGACUGGCCCUACGGCAAAUGGGGUACAAUGCAGAGGACGUAGAAAGUAUUAGACGAUGUUGUGCUCGAUCGGGAGGAUCGCCUAGCGAAAGUCUGCUUUUGAAAUGGGGGAAUUUGAAUCACACGAUUGCUGAACUGUUUGUUGUCCUGUACAGGGAAAGCUUAGUGCCAGCCAUGGAAGUAAUCAAACGUUUUGUUGAGCCAAAGUAUCACGUCCUGCUGACAACAGCUGCACCAAGCGAUACAGGCAAAGUCAUGAACGGUCCUGUGGCUUCACAAAAGGAUCCAUCCCAGGGAUACACAACGGAUGGAAAUUCCGAAAAAGCACAACAGAAAGCCGAAUUUGUCCAGAAGGUAGCGCCACCGGUGCCGCCGCCAGUUGUGCCACCAGAACCUCCAGCAGCUAUGGCUGCCCCAGCGAGAUUUCCCGGCCUCAUGCGUUCUCCUUCCGACCAAAUCGCGGCCACUGUGGGCGGCCUGCCGCUGUUCAGUGGAGAAGAGCUGCGGCAAGCAACCGGAAACUGGCACCCGGGAAAUGAGCUUGGCAAAGGCGGAUUCGGAGUGGUUUACAAGGGUUACUUCAAGCAAACGUACGUCGCAAUCAAGAAGAUCAAAGGUAUCAACAUGGAAUCGGCCCGAACGGAGCUACGGCAAAGUCUUAACGAGCUGAAAUACCUGAAUGCAUGCCGACACGAGAACGUUGUUCCACUGCUGGGAUACAGCUUGGAUUAUGGUGAACCUUGCUUGGUGUACCAAUUCAUGCCCGGGGGAUCGCUCGAUGUCAAAUUGUUUCCGAAAAGCAGUGCCAUUCCUCCGCUGCUAAUCGAUGAUCGGGUAAAGAUCGCCAAAGGCACAGCCAGAGGUCUUCAAUAUCUGCACACCUUUGCCCAGAAACCGGUCAUCCAUGGGGACAUCAAACCGGGAAACAUUCUACUAGGGCCGAAUAACGAACCGCGAAUCGGAGACUUCGGCUUAACACGCGAGAUGAUGGUAAGCGAUUCCAGUAUGAAGGUGUCCCGUGUGUACGGUACCCGUCCGUACAUUCCGCCGGAGUUCAUCUCGCAGCGGCAACUGAGCACCAAGGUGGACAGCUACAGCUACGGGCUGGUCCUGUACGAGAUGUGUACCGGGCAGCGGGUGUACGACGACAAACGGGUUCCGAAGCACCUGAAGGAUGUCAUACUAUCGACAAAGCAAUCCGGUGAUGACCUGCGUCGACUAAUAGAUCCGGUUUUGCUGCGUACGGAGAAUGUACGGACUUUUCGCAGUUAUGUAAUGCUCUUGAGAGCGGGGUUGUCGUGCACCGUGGAUGAACCGGAACAGCGGAAGGAGAUGGUGGAGGUUUACAAAACACUGGUUGAUUUUCUAGGCGAAUAGGAUACGGGCAACAUCUUUUUUUUACUUA